AUGGUGAGCGGUGGUAAUAGCCACAAGAGCUCAAGCACGAAACAUAGCAGCCACGAGAAGAACGAAAAGCCGAAAGACAAAUCAAAAUAUAUGUACAUGGAACGUCGUAAAGGAAACCCAAAGGCCUCUAUUGUUUACGAUCCCAAUCGUCGUUCCGGGCAAAAGAAGUCAAGUAAAAGUCAACAACCUAAUAGUUACCAUGGACCGGGUGGCGGAGACAUAGCCUCUAUGACUCAAACGCCUAUGCACCCAGUGCCUAUGUCCCAAGGUCCUGUGUCCCAGGGGCCUACGUCCCAAGAACAUACGUCCCAAGCACCCGCCAUGGCACAUUAUGGGCCAAGCGAAAUGGCUUCUCCUAAACCAAAAGAUUCCAGAGGUCAAUUAUUUUACGAGGACGUCCGCGUUAGGGUAAAAACGGGAAGACUUUCCGGUGGUCAUCAACCUGGAUAUCCCACUGGAUCAGUAGCCGGACCGUAUUCUUCUGGGCUAUAUCCUUCUGGACCAUAUGCACAUAAACAGCAUGCACCUGAAACAGACAGCCAAUUUUUUGGCGAAGAAGAAGACUUCCCGGAAGGCAUGCAAUAUGGUUCCACACAUGCGCCGAGCGUAGCGAGUGGACCGGGAAUGAGAGGUGGCGUUUUGCCUAGUGACUCGGUCUCUCAGUGCGACAAGCAGUCCAGACACUCUGCACAUUCUGGAUACUCAGGGAACCCGGGGGACCUAAGAACACUACAAAAAAGAGAUGCAACCAAGAGCAACGGGGGGGUUAAAUUUUCAUGGGUUGAGGCGAAGCCGGGUGGUAAGCAGUAUCUUCAUCGAGGAGCAAAACCUCACCGUCCCUCUUACUAAGAGGUCAACCACGGCCUGCCAUCUUCACGAAUGAUACGUUAAUAUUAACGUAGAAC